AUGAGAUCAACCAUUAGAUUCAACGACAGCACCGUGAACCACCAGACCUUCAUCCUCGUUGGCAUUCCGGGCAUGCAGGAGCGCAACUCUUGGAUGGCCUUCCCUCUCUGCCUUCUCUACCUCCUGACUCUCUUUGGAAACCUUGUGAUCCUCUUUGUCAUCAAGACCGAGGAAAGCCUCCACGAGCCCAUGUACCUCUUCCUCUCCAUCCUCGCCUGCUCGGAUCUGGGCCUCGCCCUGGCCACCAUGCCAACGAUGCUGGGCGUUUACUGGUUUGAUGCCAGGGAAAUCUCAUUCACUGCCUGCCUCACCCAGAUGUUCUUCAUCCAUCUGUUUCAGUGGACAGAGUCUGGCAUCCUUGUGGCGAUGGCCUUUGACCGCCUGAUUGCCAUACAGAACCCCCUAAGAUACGCUUUGCUUCUCCCAAAUACAGUGAUUGGAAAAACUGGACUAGCCGUAUUGGCCAGAGGUUUCUGUGUCUGCUUCCCUGCCCCCUUCCUGAUCAAACGCCUGCCCUUCUGUGGGUCCAACGUCCUCUCUCAUUCCUAUUGCCUCCAUCAGGAUAUGGUGCAUUUGGCCUGUGCGGACAUAACGAUCAAUAUGCUGUAUGGAUUGAUUGCAGUCAUUUGUACACUAUGCUUGGAUGUCGUGAUCAUCCUUGUCUCGUAUGUCCUGAUCCUGAAGACUGUCCUGAGCAUCGCCUCCCAUGAGGAACGCUCCAGGGCCCUGAACACCUGCGUCUCCCAUGUGUGCGCCAUCUUGAUUUUUUAUGUCCCAAUGAUCGGCAUCAGUGCGGUUCAUCGGUUCGGAAGACACCUCUCUCUCGUCGUCCACAUGAUGAUGGCCAACAUCUACAUUGCUGUCCCGCCUGUUCUUAAUCCCAUCGUGUACAGUGUGAAAACACGGCAGAUUCGGCAAAGGAUAUGCAAGAUGUUCCAGCGAAAGUAA